AUGUCGUCUGCGGUCGGCUUCCUGUCCUGCUGCAAGGUGAAGGUGUGCUUCCUGUCCUGCUGCAAGGUGAAGGUGUGCUUCCUGUCCUGCUGCAAGGUGAAGUUGUGCUUCCUGUCCUGCUGCAAGGUGAAGGUGGGCUUCCUGUCCUGCUGCAAGGUGAAGGUGGGCUUCCUGUCCUGCUGCAAGGUGAAGGUGGGCUUCCUGUCCUGCUGCAAGGUGAAGGUGUGCUUCCUGUCCUGCUGCAAGGUGAAGGUGGGCUUCCUGUCCUGCUGCAAGGUGAAGGUGUGCUUCCUGUCCUGCUGCAAGGUGAAGGUGUGCUUCCUGUCCUGCUGCAAGGUGAAGGUGUGCUUCCUGUCCUGCUGCAAGGUGAAGGUGGGCUUCCUGUCCUGCUGCAAGGUGAAGGUCGGCCUCCUGUCCUGCUGCAAGGUGAAGGUCGGCUUCCUGUCCUGCUGCAAGGUGAAGGUGGGCUUCCUGUCCUGCUGCAAGGUGAAGGUGGGCUUCCUGUCCUGCUGCAAGGUGAAGGUGGGCUUCCUGUCCUGCUGCAAGGUGAAGGUGUGCUUCCUGUCCUGCUGCAAGGUGAAGGUCGGCUUCCUGUCCUGCUGCAAGGUGGAGGUGGGCUUCCUGUCCUGCUGCAAGGUGAAGGUGUGCUUCCUGUCCUGCUGCAAGGUGAAGGUGUGCUUCCUGUCCUGCUGCAAGGUGAAGGUGUGCUUCCUGUCCUGCAUUCCCCAGGUAGCCAAAUCAAAGACACUGUUAAAGGCAACAACAAGAUUCUGGCAUCAAGUGUAUUAA